UAGAUGAGCGAGUCUGAAGUAAGCCACAAAUAAAGCCGUAACCAAUUUCUACGGCUGAAAAUCGCCUAACACAUUUCAACUAUGCUCUGAGAACUCUCUGCAGCCUCUUUACUUUUCCCCACCUCGCUGCACCCCAAUUUCCGAUAAUGUCGAUGGCCAUUUUCUCCCCAAAAAUUCCAUCUCUUACCCCUUCUCCUUCACAGUCGCAUGGCAAAACCCAUGUCAGUUUUAAGCUUUAUCUACCUCUCAGACCCACGAGAAAGCUCCGGUUUGAUUUGCUGGUGAGCUCUGAUAAUGGCUCUGGUGUGGCGGCUACUAUCCCGGAUGAGACCCCUGUGAGUUCUGAGGAGACUGUGGGUUCAAAUGGGUCGCCUCCGCCGCCACUGACGGCGAAGGAUCCAGUGGCGGAGCCGGUGAAGUUGGUCGGAGGUGAGAGCAGCUUUGAGGACCCGCGAUGGGUUGGAGGGACAUGGGACUUGAAGCAGUUUGCUAAAGAUGGGAAGACUGACUGGGACGCCGUCAUUGAUGCUGAAGUGAAGAGGAGAAAGUGGAUGGAAGACAAUCCACAAUCAUCGAGUAACGAAAACCCUGUUGUUUUUGACACCUCAAUUAUUCCUUGGUGGGCAUGGAUGAAGAGGUUUCAUCUUCCUGAAGCUGAACUGCUCAACGGCCGUGCUGCGAUGAUAGGCUUCUUCAUGGCUUAUUUUGUGGACAGCUUGACUGGGGUAGGUCUUGUGGAUCAAAUGAGCAACUUCUUCUGCAAAACACUGUUAUUUGUAGCUGUAGCCGGUGUCCUUCUCAUAAGAAAGAAUGAAGACAUAGAAACAAUUAAGAAAUUACUGGAAGAGACGACGUUUUAUGACAAGCAGUGGCAAGCAACCUGGCAGGAUGAGACACCAAGCAGUCCAGGAAAGUAGUAAGCAAAUGCGGCAUCUAGUCCUCCUCCCCUCCUCUGAUUUUGUUGUAAUCCUUCACUAAUUCUCUGAUGAUGCCUAUAUAUGCAAUAUUAUUCCCCCAUUUUAAGAAGGCUGCAACGUGUAGUUACUGCUUUAUUCCUGAAUCUCAGAAUCUGUAUCCUUGUGAGGGCUGCUUUUGUAAUCCGUUUCUAUCAUUUAUAUGACUAUGUUUAGCCCUGUGGUAAUCCUUGUUACACUAUUUGGCAUGAGUUUCUUGUUCUUGAAUCACUGAACAGAAUGUUCUAUAUCAUCAAAAUAUAGGAAGGGAAG